AUGAAGCCGUCAGUGUGCCCCAACAAUGCACUGAAGAGGAAAAAGCCGAGUAAAAUGGAUAAGCAAAAGGCUACAGGCAAACCUAAAGUGGAGCCGAAAAAGACGGAACCGAAGGAGAUUCGCACAUCCGAGCCGCCGGUGAAAACAAAAAUCAGUGACCUACUGAAGGCCAAAGCAACCAAGAUAUCACCUCCGAACAGACCAGCCACCGAAACGCCACCAAAAACAAUUGAAACGCUCCGGAAGAUUACCACCACCUGUGAAAAAAAGGCGACGCGGACGGUACUCUAUCAAUAA